AUGGGCCUCAACAAUCACUACCGUUCAGUUUCGACGAACGAUGAAGCCUUUCCGCUCGCCGAGAAAGGCCUAAAGAGAGCCGGCUGGGGCAAGCAGUCCGUUUUCCUGUCCAUUGCGACGGGUACCCUGUUCAUCGCCAUUGUGGCCGCCGUCCUCUCCAUGAUCUCCUCCGUCUUCGUUUCUCACGACACCUCCUCCCAAGCAGUCGCCAGCUCGACCGCCAGUGCCGCCGCCGUUGUCGCGAGCACGGCUCUUACCUCAGCGACCCCCAUUGCGACUCCUAUCGUCGACGACGAAUCAUUGAAGACCGUCGAGGACUCCCAAACAUCCGAGGCUCCAAUCCAGGACUGCGGAAAUACCCCCGAUCAAGCAAGAGCAAAUGGCUGCAUCUUUGAUGUGAUGAUGCAACUCUGGACUCCUGCCGCCUGUUUCGACGAGGUUUUGUCAAAUCGAUUCCUCGAAGUCGGCAACUGGACCUGGUAUGCUGAUCCCGGCGCCACUCGUAUUUACACGCUGGAGGAAAUGAGAAAGGGCGAACAUGACGCGGUCUACGUUGCGCAGGACUAUCACGUCACCCACUGCAUUUACGCGUGGGAAAAGCUGGUCCGUGCCAUGAGAAACCAGGAACCUCUCAUCACCGAACUCAUCUCCUACGACCAUGUCAUCCACUGCCGGCACAAGACUCUCCAAAGACAAGACGGAGGCGCCUCAAUUCGUGGCGUCCGCGCACCAACCGGGUGGACACAAUGUGCCCCGUACGACACAUGGAAGAACCACCUGCCUCCCAACGAGCACUCUUCAGUUGACUAA